CAAUGGGUGUAGCCGAUACGAUCAUUGGGAUUUGCGGCAACAUUGCCGCCCUCGUUUUGUUCCUCGUACCAGCGAAAACUUUCAACACGAUCAGGAAGAAGAAAUCCACCCUCGACUUCUCUGGGAUACCUUAUGUCACCACCCUGCUUAAUUGCUUGCUUUGGGUCCUGUACGGCCUCCCCGUCAACAAGGGCAACGUCCUGGUGAUGACGAUCAAUAGCUCCGGGAUCGUCAUCCAGACCGUCUACAUUCUCCUCUUCCUCUACUAUGCUUCGUCCUGGGCUGCUCGGAGAAAGAUUUUGGGCAUCUUCGUGUUUGAUAUUGUGGCCACGGCUGCAUUGGGCGCAGGAGUGAUCCUUGGUGUUCACAGUAAAGCCACCAGGAUUACCAUCCUUGGGAUUUCAUGCGUGGUUCUCAACAUUGGAAUGUACUAUGCACCACUAUCGGUUAUGUGGCUAGUGAUCAAGACUAAAAGCAAUGAAUACAUGCCUUUUCUAUUGUCACUCAUGGUGCUGAUCAACAGCUCCUUCUGGACCAUCUAUGCCUUUUUGCUUAUGGAUAUCUACAUUAUUAUCUUUUGCUUUUUCUUGGCUGCGAGAGCUCCUAUGGCGGAUCAGGCACAAACACAGCAAACUAGCGCGCAUUUGCGGCAGGCUGGUCCAGGGCGGCUGGUGGCGGCGUGGAAAGGGAGGCGGCGCGGGAGUCACAGUGCUGUUCAGCGCGGAGCGUGGCGUGCGCGAUCAUCUCGCAAAACUCUGACAGGUGGACAGCCUCGGAUGAUCCGGCCGCCUUGA